UAGUGUGUUCUCUUGUCUUUCUCAUUUUGAAAAGUGGGCAAGAGAAAUGAUUCAUACAAUGAUUCAAUGGCUGCAUACUUUAUAGAACUUGUUUUAGGAUUACCACGAGUGGUAUGAGCACCAGAGGUGCUGUAUGCGCAGUGUGGUAUGCUAAUUUAAUUAUAAUAAACUGAUGCAGACAGACAAAAAUAAAUGUAUGUCCAAAUUCUAAACGUUUAGCUUAGUGCUUUACAAUGAUAAUUAACAUAGCUCAAAUCAUUAAGAUGGAAUUAGUCGUUGAAUUCAAAGUACUUACACUGCGUCUUUCUUACAGCCAAGUGUAAAACAAAAAUACUUUACAGGCAUAAAACCAUAAGAGACACACACAUUAAAAUGACUACACUAAGGAAGAACAAAUAGUUAUAAAAUUGGCGAUAAAACUGAAGAAUUAGACAGAUGUAAGUUUACUAAUCAUAAGAAAUUCAUCAUCCACAUAAGGUCCAACCAAUUGUUUCUCCAUCUAUGGGUCCAUUUUGCUUCAUUCCUUCUGUCCAGUCUUGGUUCCCCGCAGUUUCUGUAUUUAUUGCAUUUUGGGUCGUCAUGAUAUGUUGUAAACUUUUCAACAAGUUAAGGAAACAUAAUUUGGGGAGGGGGUAUUGUAAUUUAAUCUCAAUUUGUUAAAAUAGUAUUUUGAGUAUGCUGUUAACUUGAGACGCUGAGUGCAAAGUGACAACUUGAUAUAAAAAUAUUUCCAUAAACCCUGAAUCAUUAAGAUGAUUGGUCAGUAAACUGAGCAGGAAGUUGUUGAACCAGCCCUACUCGUGCAAGGAGUCAGCUGAACCAAUUAGCUUAAACCAGAAAAAAACAGAAGAAAACAUAUUACUCCUCUUUACAUCUCGAGUAACAUUUUUUAUACUGUCUGGACAACUCUGAAGACGGUUGUAGGAUUUUUUUUUUUUUUUUAUCAGACGCUAAAUGUCAGGAAACGGGUUAGUACCGAGCAUCGGGAGGCGGCUAACGAUGAGCACGCUGGUAAGUCAACAUGUUGGGCUAAUUAGCAUUUCUAAAAGAUCACAUAUAAACCAAUACACUAAAAUUAACGUAUAUCCCCUUGUGUUAACGUUACUACGUUAAGCUACGUGGUUGUAGAUAAAUUUCAAUGUAUGCGCUAUAUUUGCUAUAUAGCGCGGAUGAUUGCUAAACUUAACUUUGAUGCUAAUCUGUAACCUCUUUACAUGAGGAGACUAAAUCGGUUCCCAUAACAACUUCGAACUUAUUUACUAUUGUGGGAACCUUUGUAUUUAAGCAUUACAAUAAACUGGAGUCUCGCAUAUGGACCACUUCAAAUAAUAUUAAUUGUAUAUUUUUAAGCACAUUAUUUAACGCCCAAUUCCCAUUUAUUUUGGUUCUGGUUUUUUUAACAGCUGACUCUUAUUAAAUAUGACCCUAAUUGAACCAAUAGAGCUCAGAGACCUCAUGUUUAUAUGUGUUUAUUGGAAUCAUUAAAGGAAUUUGCUGAUAAUAGAUUUAGUUUAUCAUAAAAGUCAGAACAAUUACUGAAUAAAUUUUGAUGGCGCCUACCGCUUGAUGCAUGGCCUGUCUCAAUAAAGGUUUUAUUGCUUUGAGUCAGGCCCAGUUGGAUUUAGAACUGAAUAGGAAUCCAGGACCUAUAAAACGGCACAAAACAGUUUUUUGAAAAAACAAAACACUUUGUAAAACUUUCUUUUUUUUUUUUAAUUAAUAGUAAUGUGGAAGCUACGUUUGAAAUACUGGUUCUUGUACUGGACCAGAAGGAAUUUCUACCCUAACCUUUUAAUAAUCCAACACCUGUUAAUUUUAUUUUGAUAGUCCUAGCUAUCUAUCCUUCCGCCUCUAUUUUAUAGAGUCCUUUCGAUCAGCUCAGUCGGCGGAUGUAUGACAUCUUGGGCGAUGGAGGAAUCCUGAAGGAGGUGGUCCAGCCUGGAGAGGGCCCACCUGUGCCUCAAAACGCCUCAGUAAUAAGUAGCUACAAUGCAAAAAAACAAUCUAAAACCUUUAUAUGGGAUUCAUGCUCUAUUUCUCAGCUGGUGUUUAGCAUGUUGUAUCCUCUUCCAGUGUAUUACUCGGGUUACUUGGAGUAUUCUAAUCAACCUUUUGAAAGCACCUCACACCUCCAGUACCCUCCAAUGAUGAAGCUGGGAAGGGAUGUGACUCUAGCCGGACUGGAGCUGGGGCUGUUGACCAUGAAGAAAGGGGAGUUCUCUCGGUUCCUGCUCCAACCGCAGUACGCGUACGGAGAAAUGGGCUGUCCGCCCUUCAUCCCGGCUGCUGCUGCUAUUCUGUAUGAGGUUCACGUCCUGGACUACCUCGACUCGGGUCAAGUGGAUGAGUUUAUUGCAAUGAGCUCGGAGGAGCAGAGCAGCGUUCCUCUAUCCACACUUGUUGAAGUCAUCAACACACUUCGCAGCUUUGGCAACCGCUUCUUCAAUCAAAGCCGAUACGACCACGCCAAGGAUCGCUACAAACAGGCGAUAAUUCUCCUGAGAAAUUGGGACUCGCAAAAUGAGCCUGACAAGGAGAAGAUCCAGGUGGCUCUGCUUCCGCUCUACAUGAACCUUUCGCUCGCCGAGCUCCGACUGGAGAAUCCCCAAAAAGCCCUAAAGUAUGGCAAAAAGGCCUUGGAGAUCGACUCAGCCAACACAAAGGCCCUGUUCCGCUGUGGACAGGCUUACCACGAGCUGCAGGAGUUUGAGAGCGCUCAGGAUUGCCUCAUAGCGGCUCAGUCGAAGAAGCCGUUCGAUAGUGACAUCAACAACCUCCUGAAGAAAGUAGCGCUGGCUUAUAAAGAUGGUUUGGAUAAAGAAAAAGAUAUGUACUCCAAGAUGUUUAGGGAGCUGAGGAGCUCAGAGCAAUGAUUGUGGUGUGAAGAUUUAACAGCUUGCUUGUUGUUCAUGUCCCCCUCUUCCAGCUGUAUAAGUAGUUUUUGCUCACGUUGUUCAUUCAUUUCUUAAUGAGUAGGAUUGUUGCUUUUUGGUUGCUGUUCUUUGUAAUAUAUAUGCUCAUGUUUUCUUUCUUGCCAAAGUCAGACGUUUGCAUUACCUUGAAUCAUUCCUGAGGUUAAUUUAAAUAAAAUAAAAAAAAUGCA